AUGGCAAACAACGAUGAGCACACUCCCUUGCUGCAAUCUGGGGACACUGAGCAUGGUUCUCUUCUGUCAAACAACACCCUAACAAACCAUGGGUCAAGCCUCGCAAACGUGGAUCAUGAUUCUACACAGCUGAAUACAGGUCAGAUACUCAUGGGCCGGAACUUUGACCGGUCACCCAGUGUGGAGAAGGUUCAUCAGAUUGCAUUAAGCUGGAAGGAUAUCAAUGUCUCAGUGAGGGUGCCAAGCAAGAGAAAGUGGUGUCGAUCGAACGAUUCCGUUGAGCCGACUAAACAAGUUUUGAAAGAUAUAAGCGGUAUUGUUCACCCUGGUAGCUUGUUGGCUAUAAUGGGCGCAAGUGGUGCAGGCAAGUCUACUCUUCUGAACGUGUUGACUCACAGGAACACUAAGUCUUAUGUAUUCUCUGGCGAUAUACGUCUGAACGGCUGGAACGUUGGAGAUGGUAUCAAGAAUGUAUCCGCGUACGUCCAGCAAGAUGAUCUGUUCAUCGACACACUGACAGUGAGAGAGCAGCUGCAGUUCCGGGCUUUGUUGAGAAUGGACAGGAGAUUGGACAAGUCAGCAAGACUAGCCCGUGUCGAGGAAGUCAUUAUUGAACUGGGACUGACAAAUUGUGCAGACACCAGGAUUGGUACUCCUGGGGGAGGAAAGAAAGGAAUUUCUGGAGGAGAAAGAAAACGUCUGUCAUUCGCAUCUGAAGCUCUCACCAACCCGCCAAUAUUCUUCUGUGACGAGCCCACCUCAGGACUGGACACUUUCAUGGCUCAGAACCUGGUACACACUUUACAGGAGAUGGCAGAGAAAGGCAGAACCAUUCUGUGCACCAUACACCAACCCUCCUCGGACCUGUUCGCCCUGUUUAACAAAAUUCUUCUCCUUUCUGAAGGAAGAACAGUGUUUCUAGGAUCACCUGAUGGUGCUAUAGAAUUCUUUGAGAGGCAUAAUUAUCCCUGCCCAAAGAAUUACAACCCCGCCGACCAUUUUAUCUUCACGCUAGCUGUGAUACCCGGGCAAGAAGAGGAAUGCAGAAGAAAGACACAGGUCUUGUGUGAUAAGUUCGCCACCGGUACAGAUGCCAAUAGUAUAGCCUGGGAGACAGAAAACCUGAUCAAGACCGCCUGCGACAACAAAAAUGACCCUUUGCUCGAUGAGGUGGUGACCGGAGAAUCCAGAUAUAAAGCAUCAUGGCUGACUCAGUAUCGAUACUUGUUCUGGAGAAGCUGGAUUAGCGUUUACCGCGAUGUCGUUCUUUUCAGGAUCAGAAUCAUGCAAGCUUUUGUCCUGGGCGUGGUGCUCGGACUGGUCUAUCUGCAGCUGACCGUUGACCAAAAGGGGGUGAUGAACAUCAAUGGCGCAAUCUUUCUUCUCAUCACCAACACCUCGUUCUCAAACAUGUUUGGAGUCGUCAACUCAUUUCCUCACGAACUGGCCAUUUUUCUCAGAGAGUACGGCACGGGAUUGUACCGGGCAGAUGUGUACUAUUUCACAAAAUCGAUAGCGGAGUUGCCUGUAUUCUGUGCCAUCACCAUCUUGUAUACAACGGUCACAUACUGGAUGAUGGGUUUGUAUGCUUCUUGGGAUGCAUUCUUGAUUGCAACCGGAGUUUUACUUCUUACAGCAAACGUGGCUGUUUCUUUAGGUUACCUUCUGGCAACGCUGUGUGCAUCAGUUACAGUGGCUUUGGCUAUUGCUCCUCCAAUCCUCAUACCGUUCAUGCUCUUUGGCGGUCUCUUCGUCAACAACGGAAAUAUUCCUGUGUACUUUAUUUGGCUGCAAGCGCUUUCGUGGUUCAGAUAUGCAAAUGAAGUGCUAAUGGUCAAUCAAUGGCAGAACGUCCAUAACAUAACCUGCCAUCUCCAGGAAUCGAAUGCAACCAAUGAAAACAUCAGAAAAGAAUGUAUGUAUACCACAGGCGAUGAUGUUCUGGAGUAUACCAGUUUCAGCAAGGACAACGUGGUCUUGGACAUUGGACUCAUGGUGGCCUUGAUUGUGGGUUUCCGUGCAUUUUCGCUUUUAUUUCUUAUUGUCAGAGCUAGAAGAUCCAAAGAAUAA